AUGGAUAAAGAUGGUUAUCUUUAUUUUGUUGGACGUCAAAAAGAAUUGAUUAUUCAUGGUGGAAUUAAUAUUUAUCCAAGUGUUGCUGAAGCACAAGUAUUUUCUAUGUCCGAUGAAGGUUAUGGUAAAGAAGUAUGUGCAUGGAUUAAAUUAAAACCAAAUGUAAAAGAAUGUCAACAUGAAGAUAUUACAAAAUUUCUUGCUGAUAAAUUAGACUUUUUUAAAAUUCCAAAACAUAUUCGAUUUAUUAAUAAAUUUAUAAUGACACCAACAGGAAAAAUUCAAAAAUUUAAAUUA